GUCGAGGUCACCAUUCCCUGGUUCUAUGUGAUUCCUAAACCCUCCUCGUCACCGCUCGAGUUGGUGUCCCUCCCAUGGACGCGGACGCGGACGCGGACGCGGACGCAUCCCCAUCGCGGCCCUAAGGAGGAGGAAAGGAUACCUCCUCGGUUCUUCCUACGCAUGGCGGUCGCCUUCGUCCGAACCAUCUCGAGAAGAAGCCGCAGAUCUAUUCUUUCUCUCAGUUUCCACCUCUCGAAUCCUCGACCUUUUCCCCCCGCUUCUCCCAUCGCGCUGACCCCGAAGAACUAUUCAGGACCUGCCUUUGCCCCCUUCUGCGGAUUCCUCCAACCUCCGGCGCCGUGUCUUCGCUGCCCGCACCGUGGUCUAUGUGGAAUACCGCGCUCUAACGAUGACCUCAAAGUCGCUCCCUUGGCGCCCCCGGGUGACCCGCCGAAGAAAAAGGGCAAGAGCGCGAAGAAGAAAUCCCGGGUGGAUUUCACCAAGGUCGAUCCGACGCUGCUCCCAACUGUGAUCCUCGUCGGCCGGCCCAACGUCGGCAAGUCCGCCCUCUUCAACCGCUUGAUUCGGAGGAGGGAGGCCCUUGUUUACAACACUCCCGAUGAUCAUGUCACCCGAGACAUAAGAGAGGGCAUAGCCAAGUUGGGGGAUUUGAGAUUCCGUGUGUUGGAUUCGGCUGGGUUGGAGACGGCAGCGACUUCAGGUAGUAUUCUUCAUAGGACGACUGAGAUGACUGGGAACGUACUCGCGAGGACAAAAUUCGCAAUCUUUUUGAUAGAUGUGAGGGAUGGAUUGCAGCCGCUUGAUAUGGAAGUAGGAAAGUGGUUGCGGAAGCAUGGGCAUGGUAUUCAUACCAUUGUGGCCAUGAAUAAAUCCGAGUCACUUGAUGAACAAGGAUUGCUUACUGCAGAGGCCGGUCAAGCAUACACUUUAGGCUUCGGUGAUCCAAUUGCCAUAUCUGCGGAGACAGGUUUCGGGAUGGCUGAGCUAUAUGAAACUCUCUGUCCAUUGUUGGAGGAUUAUAUGCUUCAACUUCCCAGCGAUAAUCAUGCCCGAGAUGUUAUUUCAUCAGACGCAGAGGAGAACGGGGACUGCAAGUCACCUUUGCAACUUGCAAUUGUUGGACGGCCCAAUGUUGGAAAGUCUACCCUGCUAAAUGCAUUGUUACAAGAAGAGAGAGUUUUGGUUGGACCAGAGGCUGGUUUGACAAGGGAUUCAAUCAGAGCUCAUUUCAGAUUUGAAGAGCGAACUGUAUUUUUGGUUGACACUGCUGGUUGGUUACAGAGAUCAGGGAAAGAAAAGGGACCUGCCUCCUUGAGUGUUAUGCAAACAAGAAAAAAUCUUAUGAGGGCUCAUGUAAUAGCUGUAGUACUAGAUGCAGAGGAGAUUGCAAAAGCUAAGACCAGCAUGAAACAUUCUGAAGUUGUUAUUGCUCGCCAAGCAGUAGAAGAAGGCCGUGCUCUGGUUGUGAUUGUUAACAAGAUGGACUUGCUUAGGGGGAAACACAACUCAAUAUUGCGUGAGAAAGUCAUAAAGGCUGUUCCACAAGAAAUCCAGACAGUCCUACCACAGGUUACGGGAAUACCAGUGGUAUUUGUUUCAGCACUGGAGGGAAGGGGAAGGGUGGCUAUCAUGCGUCAGGUAGUGGACACAUAUCAAAAGUGGUGUUUAAGAUUACCCACAGCACGCCUUAAUCGCUGGUUGCGUAAGGUGAUGAGUCGGCACUCCUGGAAAGAUCAAGCAACCCAACCUAAGAUCAAGUACUUCACUCAGGUCAAGGCUCGCCCACCAACAUUUGUUGCAUUUUUGAGUGGGAAAACACACCUCGCAGACACAGAUAUUAGAUUUUUGACCAAGUCUCUGAAGGAGGAUUUUGAUCUUGGUGGGAUCCCAAUACGCAUCACACAACAUUCCGUCCCCAGAAAAGCAGAACUCAGCAAGAAGAGCAAGAAGCCAUCCACAAGGAUGAAUGCGAGAAUUUUAUCAGAAAAAAGAGUUGCUUCGACAGAACUUGUUUCUUCUUGAUGGGCUUUCUUCAAAGUCAACCAAAUGGAACCGGUCUGCCACUCAUGGACAACGUGUGAUUCUUAGCAAGAGAGAUAAUAUCAGUGCUUUGUCUAGCAUUUUUGUGAUCAAAAGAAUCCAUAGAUGACCGACCAUCUGGUGUUGCGUUGCCUAGGCUUCCUUCCAGGAUCUUCAAGCUCUAAGAAAGGGCUGGAUGCUUUUGAAGUCCAAGACGAACCGAUUCUUAAUGUCACAACAAGGUAUAUGGACCGACUUCCAAGUGUUUCUAAGAAUUCAGGUAAACCUGAAUCAUAAGUAUUUAGGUAAUACCAUCAUUCUUAGACUGGUGGUGCAUAGGCACUUGCAUUCUGUGGAGCCUUCUUUGGAUGUUAUUCUAUGCACACAGAUGAAAGUAGUAUCCUUUCUGAUAUCGGAAAGGAUGCCCAAAAUUUUACUGUCUUGCUGUUUAUGGAGAUUUUAAUCUAUAUAGCUGAUGUUGCAAAGAUUCAGUUUGGUUUAUAUGGAUGUCUGUAAUCUUUGAGUUUUUAUAAUAUCCUUUCCGAUGUCAGAAAGGAUGCCCAAGAUUUUACUGUUUUGCUGUUUAUGGAGAUUUAAAUCUAUAUGAAUGAUGUUGAAAAGAUUCA